AACCACAACUCUGCAACCUCACUGAAUCUCUGUAAAUGAGUGUGUCGGCGCUUGGUUGCUUGCUUACCAUUCCGAUGCUGGCGGUUCCCCUUAUCUGUCACUAGAUAUGAACGAAAACCGCCAACAAUACACCUGUCCACCACGGUCACGGAAGGGAAACCGGAAACCGAGACGCAGGGCAUGCGAUUCUUGCUUUACGAAAAAGAUCCAAUGUGAUGCAGUUCUCCCUCAGUGCAAUUGGUGCGAGCAUCAUAAUCUCGCUUGCACCUACAAUCGAAUCCGAGGACAGACGAACACGAGGUAUGGCCAUAACCCGACGAUAUACGUCUUCUAGCUUCUCAUUACUUUACGUUAUUUGUGUUUCCUCGUCCUAUGUCAUCGUCUUCGGCUCCAUCUGCUGCCUAAUGUCAGGAAUAAAUCGGCUCGUUUGUUCUUGACUAGACCUUGUUGCAGGUAACUAUAUGAUGUCGCUAACAAUCAGACAUUCCUGAGGUAUCAGACUUGACACAAGUCGAAGUGCAUCUUUUUCACUUGGCGAACCAUUUCUCCCAGAUUCUGACACGAUACGGUAUCUGAGACCAGGAUAUACAUUCUUGAACAAUAUCACCUGCCUCGGGGGGUACCGUAUUUUCUCAGACCAAGGCCGAAGAUGGAUAGAGUCUCAGGUUGGAGAACCAAUCAAUCUUGACAGAGUAUUUUCUCUCGAACUCCACGGGCUAAAGCCGCCUUGUCCGCAUACGAAUCCCGAGAGCUCUUUUCGUGGGCGCCCUGAACUUCCGGGUAGGGCGAAUGUGGAAAGGUAUAUCGAGGUCUAUGGCUCGUCCUUCCCAAGUCGCGUUUUCCCCGUAAUCAGCCGGUCAAUGUUCAGGCAAACACUGGACCUCGCCUAUCGUCCCCUGCAAGUCGCAGGUUCCGCUAGUGCCAAAGCAUGCGUGUAUGCGUUUCUGUCACACAUAUCAUUGUUCGGCUUCGACAACAAUACGCAGGGAAGCAUGGAUUGCCAGGCCUAUGCCGCGAUGGUCCAUAACUUCACGACAGAAGUAAUUCAGGAGUCAACGGUAGAUGGCCUCCAGUCAUUGAUUAUGCUGGUACAUCACCAAUACUUCAUAGGCGAUCUCCUUUCCGCAGCCGCGACAUUAUCGAUCGCCACACGUCUUUUGUAUACACAUGGGGCCCAUGCAUUGUAUGCCGAUGAUCCUUCGACCACUUCCUCAUCCACAUACAACAAAGGCAACUUAAGAUGCCACCUGCGGGACCUCUUCUGGCUGUGUUACUCCUUCGAUAAAGAUAUAUGCCUCAGAACUGGAGAACCGCCCUGUAUACUUGACAUACAUUGCGAUCUCACUCUGCCCUGUGACUAUGUGAGGCUGCAUAACAUCAACUUACAUGAAAAUGUGUCACAGGUAGAUGAUGAGAUCGUUCCACUUUUCCCCUGGGACCUCCGACUUUCGUUGCUGAAAUCGAAAGUGUACGAUAGAUUGUACAGCGCUCAUUCUCUUCGGCAGGCCAAAACAGAGCUAUUAUUGAGCAUACGCAGCCUUGACGAAUCACUAGAGCAAUGGAGGCGAUCUCUUCCAGAGGAGCUUCGUCCGACCUUAUACUUUUCCCAGGAGACACCUGUGGCCGCCAACCUGAACACGUCAGCAGUGAUGUUGAGGCUUGCGUACUAUCAUUGCGUGGCCGUAAUCCACCAAGCCAGCAGCAAAUCUCAAGAUUUCUCAACUUGUAUUCCCGAGCCAAGGCUCGACGACAUCACUUCCAGUACAAGAAUUUCCACUACUGCGAGCCGUUCAACACUGUCUUUUUUUCAUAAAGCGUUAUAUGUUGUGCACCCCGAAUGCUUUUGGGUGGCCCUAUUUUACGUUAUCACCGCCGUCCUGACUCUUUUCUGCAACAUACUUUCCAAUCCCCAUGAUCCAGACGCCACUAAUGACAUGAAACUAUUGGAAAGCGUUCCUCUUCUGAUACGCUGCAUCCCAGUACGAAAACUAACUCUUGGCGACUGGCUUCAAUUGCAAUAUCUGGACGGUGUCAUGACAGAACUUGCGGAAAUUUGUGCCCGAGUCAUCUCAAAAUCGCGAAAAAAGCUCACGUGACGUGGGUUUAUGAUCUAAAAAGCCUAGAUCAAAUAUGUGUCGCUUAUGUUUGUCAUUCAUGUUUAUGAUCUAGAAAGUCCCAAAUUAAAUAUGUGCUGCCUAUGUU